AUGAGGAUAUUGGAAGCUCCAAAAAAUGUUGGUAUCAAAGGUAUAGAAAUCUAUUUUCCUUCUCAGUGUGUGUUACAGGAAGAGUUAGAAAAACAUGAUGGUGUUUCUACUGGGAAAUAUACAAUUGGCCUUGGUUUAACAAUGAUGGGUUUUUGUGACGAUAGGGAAGAUAUUUAUUCAAUUUGUUUAACAACAGUUUGGAGAUUAAUUAAAAAUUACAGAAUUAAUGUUAAUAAUAUUGGAAGAUUAGAAGUAGGGACAGAAACUUUAAUUGACAAGUCUAAGUCUAUCAAAACUGUUCUUAUGCAGCUUUUUUCUCCAAAUUUUGAUAUUGAGGGAAUAGACAAUAUAAAUGCCUGUUAUGGUGGUACUAAUGCUCUUUUUAAUGCUGUCAAUUGGGUUCAGUCUGAAAACUGGGAUGGUCGUGACGCUAUUGUUGUUGCUGGAGACAUUGCUCUUUAUUCAAAAGGAGCUGCACGGCCUACAGGCGGUGCUGGGUGUGUUGCUAUGAUCAUUGGGAAAGAUGCACCUAUUGUUAUAGAUUCUGGUUUAAGGGGGUCUUACAUGGAUCAUGUUUAUGAUUUUUAUAAGCCUGAUCUUUCUUCUGAAUAUCCUAUUGUAGAUGGCCAUUAUUCUAUUAUAUGUUAUACUCGGGCUCUUGAUCAUAGUUAUAAAGCAUAUAAUAAAAGGUAUUCACUUAGGAAGGAUCUUGGUGAUACAGAUUGUAAUUCAGUUCAUUCAUUAUCUAUAGACCGUUUUGAUUAUUGCAUUUUUCAUUCUCCUACUUGCAAAUCUGUUCAAAAAGCAUAUGCUAGAAUGUUAUAUAAUGAUUUUAUGGAUAACGAGAAUCAUCCCGAAUUUGAGAAUGUAAAACAUUUUUCUAAACUUGAAUAUGAAUCUAGUUUGGUAGAUAAAAAUCUUGAGAAGCAAUUUAUGGAUCUUAGUAAAAAGCGAUUUCAGUCACGUGUUAGUGUUACUCUUGAUAUGUCAACUAAUGUUGGGAACAUGUAUACUGCUAGUUUAUAUGGUUGUUUGGUUAGUCUUUUAAGUAAUGUUUCAUCUUCCGAUCUUAUUGGGAAACGUAUAGGAGCUUAUUCAUAUGGUUCUGGGCUAGCUUCUACUUUUUUUAGUUUUACUAUUCAUGAUGAUAUAUCUUAUAUUGCUAAAAUUCUUAAUUUGAAGGAAAAAUUGAAAAAUAGGAGAGUGUUAUCUCCUGAAGAGUUUGAGCAUAUGAUAUUUCUUCGAGAAAAAGCAUAUCUUUCAAAAGCUUAUAUUCCGCAAGGUGAUGUUUCUAAUAUUGCUCCUAAUGCAUAUUAUCUUGUUAAAAUUGAUGAUAAAUAUCGUAGAGAAUAUGCUUUUAAAUCAGAUUCUGUUGAAAAUGUGUUAUAA